AUACAUCAAUUUACAUUGAAAACUAGUUCAUCGAUAAUAGUCAGAGAACAUGGUUUUAGAUACUACGAUUUUGUUGUUAUAAAUUUGGCAACAUCGUCGUAAUCGCGCUUUGAUGUUCUUCUACGUUGGGUGUGCUAAUAGAGUCUAGUCACCUUUUUAUUUUUCGAUAAAGUUGUGUUUAGAACUUUGUUAAAAACUAAUUCAAAUAAUUUGAAUACUUGUGUAUGCGUGAGAGGCGACAAACUGAUAAUUCGCAGCGUAAAUAAAUGCAAAAAGGAUGUCAACAAUUAAUAGAAGAGACAAUGUUUUGGAAGCAAUUGAUCAAAUGCGGCGACGAAAAGCUCGCCCAGAUAGUGAAAGAAUUUGUAAAUACUUGAAUCGCCGGUUUUACGUCAAUGUCCAAGAAGCUAAAAAUGAUUUAGACUGGUGUGUUGCUAAUAAAUACGUAUUCAAAGUUGAAUAUAAGGGACGCAUAAGUUAUCGUAUUGCUGCGAAAAAAAAUGCGCAACAACGAUAUGUGGAUGGGAAGGGAACAGAUAAUAUGCUCGAUAAAAAUUAUAAAACAAAUUUUCAAUUCAUUGAAUUGUUAACAAAUGCUUUCGGAGAAUUGAUAAUGAGAAAUCCUGACUACCUGAAAACCGGUAUACCCCGUAUUGAAAUAAUAAACAUUAUAUUAGCAAAAGAUAAAGUUAGGUACACCAAAAAGUAUAUUUGUUUACUAUUAGAAAAAGAAGUCGAGAGAGGCGAAUUGAUAAAAACAGAAAAUGGCAAUUAUCUCAUGCAGCCUUCAUGCAGGAAAAAUCUAAGAAACUUCAAACUGGAUGAAAUAGAAAAUGUAAAAGAAGUAAGCAACGAACAGUGUCAGUUGAAUAAGAACUAUGACAAUCAUGAAUUUAUUAAAGAAACCAAUAAAUAUUCAGAAAGAAAAUAUAACAAUGAUCAUCAAUAUAAAAACAUGGAUUCCCCAAACAAGUCUGUGGAUAAUGGAAAAUUCAGUAUGAGGAAUGGACUUAAGAGAUCAAAGAGAGUAUUUGAUCGAUCAGAUGACCAUGUCCCCAAAAAGAGAGGCCGUCCUAUAGGAUCAUUAAAACGAUCAACCUUAGAACACCAACUUGCUAGACAGAAAUCUAAAGACAGUCCAGAAAUUCUGCAUGAAUCAAAAACAUCAACAUGUAAUAGAGAAAAACAUGAUGUUUGCCAUAAAAAAAAUAAAAAGGGAUCAAAUGGUGGAUUCAUUGCAUGCAAGGAAUGUAACAUUAGAGAUAAAAAUGCUACUCCAACUUCUAAUUUUGGUAUCCCUUCUCUAUCUUUUUCUCCGUCUCGACUGAGCCCUCAAACUGAAAGAUGGACUCGAAAUUUUAAGAGUAAAAAAGAUAUUGAUAAAAAUGACAUUGAUGCUUCAAUUCCUGAUGCAACAUAUUGGACGGCAGACGAAGUGUAUGAUUACUUUGCGCAAUAUUUUCCAGAAGAGGCAAAAAUAUUUAAAGAACAGGAAAUUGAUGGCAGAUCUCUUCUUCUAUUGAAAAGGAUAGACGUGUUAACAAAUCUUAAUUUGAAAUUGCGUCCAGCAUUGAAAAUCUACAAACAUGUUGUGAAAUUACAACUAAGAAGAGCUGAUUACAAAUUGUAUUGGUGGUAACUUGCUUUUAAUGGUGGGAAUCCCUUCAAUUUAUUGUAACAUCCUAUUCUAGAAUAAAGAAAAAUAUUCAUGAUAGAAA